GUCCUUGUUUUCCCCUCUCUUUAUUUUGCCCUGUCGCCUUGCGAGCAAGUCGAACAACCACCCCGCACAUUUUUAACGAUCCUCAGCAACAUGUCCUCGCAACUUAUCUCCUCCAUGGACUUUGAAUCCUCCAAGCCCGCCUACAUGGAACCCGUCGAGUUCUCAUACAUGGACUCUGGCCUUGAAGCCUACCUCCAAUACCCGCAGUCUCCCAGUUUCGGUGUUGGCAUUGGCUUGCCUGCCACUUCCUCCCCCAUUGCGUUCAACUCUUUGAACCUUUCCGGAAGUGCCGGAGCCUACACAUACUCGUCUAUGGGUCCCUCUUCCCCCGCCCGCCCCUAUACUCCUCCUGAUGGCGCCAGCAUUUCCCCCCACACCCUCACCUACGACCUCAGCGGUGCCGAACUUGCCUCGGACCCCUCGUCGGGUCGCGUAAGCCGUGGCAGCGGUCGCUCGUCACCUGCCCCCAGUGCUGCAUCCCCCGGCCCCAACUACUCGACUGUCCCCCGUUCUCAUCGAUUCAACCCCAUCUCUGCUCCCGCUUCGUCCCGGCCAACCCUCAGGCACAAGCGACGAGCCAGCCGAACCGAUGACACCGACGAUGAGGAUGAGGACUUCCAACCCCCCGCCCCCGCUGGCAGCGCCGAUUCCCGCCGUGAGACUAUCCGCAAGCAGCGCAUUGAGUCUGAGCAACGACGACGAGAUGAGCUCCGCGAUGGAUAUGCCCGCCUUAAGGAGACCCUACCAUCUUCCAAUCAGAAGUCCAGCAAGGUUUCCUUACUCGAGCGUGCUACUGGCCACAUUAGGUACCUCGAGACCGUCAAGGAUCAGCUUGAGUUGCGUCUCAAGUCUGCUGAGGCCGAGGUUCACCGGCUUCGAAACGUCAACGAGGCAUUGAUGCUUGGUGCCGCCUCCCAGCGCGCCCAAGCUUCAGGCCUUGUUGCCUCUUUCUGA